AUGGUUCUCUCCAGUUUUCUCAAAGAAUUUGGUUCAUUUUCCCUGCCCACUACAGGUCACCUGAGACGUGUAUUCAGAGAUGCUGCUCGUGAGAGCACAGAACCAACAGCAGACUCUCCUCUGGUUCCCACUGCUCCUGGAGAAGAGGCCAAAGAUGAGGCCAAAGAGGAGCACAAGCCUCCAGCCGUGGUCACAGCACAGCCUGAAUAUUCCGAGCUGAACAUCAAGAGAGAGCCACAAGCAGAGCUGCCCAAAGCUCAGAUUGGUAUCAUGACAGUGAAGAGGAGGAAGAAGGAAGACGUGAGAAUAAUUCAAUAUCACCGGAGUCUCCAUCGACAGAGGGGUGAUCAAGAAAACCAGGUGAAGAACUUUAAUGAGAAGCUGCCCGCAGAGCUGCAGGAAGCUGAGGCUCAGCUCAAGGCAAGGGAGAAGUGUGUGGAGGAAGAAAUGAAAAUCGUCAAAAAGAAAAUUCAUCCUCUCCUUAGGAAGCAAGAGGCUCUAGAAAAACGAGUGAAAGUGUUGACAUCUCACCUGCCAGCCUGCGAAGACUUCCAGGAAAUGACUGGAAACAAAGAGACCCGUGGUCAGCGUGAGGCAGGGGAGCUGUCCCAGUCGGAUAUGCCGCUGGUUUGGAACGUCCUGAAGAUGCUGCAGGAAAAGAGAACUCAGUGA